AUGCUAAAGCCUGGGAUACUGACACCAUAUAGAGGUGUUCGGUAUCACUUGAAAGAGUAUUCAAUGCGUGAACCACAAAAUCCCAAAGAAUUAUUCAACCACCGACAUUCUUCAUUAAGAAAUGUCAUCGAAAGAUGUUUCGGAGUUCUAAAGAAAAGAUUCCCAAUUAUAGCCGGCGACACAGAACCUUAUUAUUCAUUUGAAACUAUGCGAGACAUUUUUUUGGCAUGUUGCAUACUACAUAACUAUUUAAUGGGUGUCGAUGUUGAUCAGUCUAUAAUUGAUGCGGUUGAUCGAGAAUUGCUACAAGAACAAAGCAUAGAUAGAUCACAUUCAAAUCAACCACAUGAUGAGGAAUAUAGGCAUGCAUCGUUGUUAAGAGAUAACAUUGCAUUCGAAAUGUGGAAUGUGUAUCAAUCAUUAUAG